CAGAAAGUAGAGAGUGUGAGAGAGCAAGCAAGUUGGAGUGUGAGAAUCGCUCCUGCCCUCUGCCUUCACACAGAGCUGGCUGCGUGUGUGUGCCUGUGUAUGUGUGCAACGCCUCUCCUCGCUCUCUCUCUCUCUCUCUCUCUCUCUCUCUCCCUGACACACUGGGACGUGCGCAUACACAGAGCGCGAGGGGGAGAGAGGGAGUGCGCGGGGAGCCAACACAUCGCAGCAGAGAUGCAGCAGGAGGGGUUCAGAGAUCGGAAAAGCUGGUCAUGGUGUCGCCAGAGAAGGUGUGGGACCCCAUGUAUGCGGGCCAGUGUUAUGUAAGCAACCGCCACCUGGAUCCUAAAGCCCUCCGCAACGUACGACGCAGCGCAGCAGAGGAAGUGCCACAGACCGAAGCUGUCAUCUGGGACGUCGGAUACCUGUCCCGCAGCUCAGGCCGUCGAGUUCCCCUCAAUUAAAAACACGUUCUGUUGCCAGGACGACGCACAAGGAGGUGUUGUGGAGAUGAAGGCUAAACGACACGGGGCUCGGGGUGAGGUCAUCGUGGAGGACAGACUGGAGGACAUGCCCGAUGGACCUAAAAACGCAAAAAUCACCCUGAGCUUUCCGCUUAGCGCCGCCCCGCUCCCCCUGACUCUGACAUCUCCCAACCACUGUCGCAGUUCCUCCUCUUCCUCCUCUCCUUCUCCACAACGGCGUCGCCAAACCUCCAAAUGCUCAGACGAGGGGGCGCUAUGGAAACUGGAUUCUACCACAGACGUUAAGCACAGGCCUUUUAAGCCUCCCAGGCGUGACAGCUCUCCGUCCUCCUCUCCUUCCUCCUCCUCUUCUCCAAUGACUGCUCACACACUCAUGAGAAAGGACAUCAAAUCCCCGCCUCCACUCAAGUGCUCUAAACUGAGCGCAGACACUCCGUUUCACAGAUCACCACCGAGGUCUUCCAGUGGGGCUUUGGAGGGCUGUUAUGGUGGGGAUGUGUGGGAUGAGCGACACAAGCUAAGCAACAGCACAGCCUCUCAGACCGCUCAGAUCCUCUUCAGCCUGGGCUCGGCUUAUAACAGGCCUGGGGACGCAGAGGGAAGAGAGAAAAUAACCAGGAGACCAGCUGGCAAACCAGGGGGCUCACAUGGUCCAAGUCUUCACCCGCCGACUCUGCAUCUUCCUCCCCCUUUGCCUCCACCUCCCCCCUCUGAAGGCCACACUGCACCAUCCCAUCCGUCCUCCUAUUCCCCCUCAGACAGUUUAAAGCCCGAACUCAUCUGCGGCGUCUGCCACCGGCUCUUCAGCUCCGCCGCCUCCCUCACAGUCCACAUGAGGCUGCACCGUGGCAGCCGCGCCCUCAGCUGUCGCUACUGUGGCAAAGUGUUCAUCCAUAGUAAGAGGCUGCAGUCCCACGAGGCCUCCUGCCGAGUACCAGAGCUCCCCUCCAGCAGCCUGGGCCCUCCUUCCCUCACCAUGCAGCCCAAAGAGGAGCCGCUGGAGGAGGGAGAGGUGAGAGUGGAAGGAGGGGUGAUCGUGGCCCAGGCGGACAUCACUAAGCCACGGCCGGGAAAGAAAGCACAGAAUCUCCUGGCACAAAUCCAAAGCGAUGAUGCAGCAGCCGCAGAGCUACUAGCGGGUGAUGAGCACCAUUUUGUAAAGGUUGUAGAUGGCAAUGUCAUCUACUUCUGCUCUGUGUGCGAGCGCUCCUACAUGACCCUGUCCAGCCUCAAACGCCACUCCAACGUGCACUCGUGGCGCCGCAAAUACCCGUGCCAUUACUGUGAUAAAGUUUUUGCUUUAGCCGAGUACCGCACGAAGCACGAGGUGUGGCACACGGGAGAGCGCCGCUACCAGUGCAUCUUCUGUUGGGACGCCUUCGCCACAUACUACAAUCUCAAAACACACCAGAAAACCAUACACGGCAUUAACCCCAGCCUCAUCUCCAGUGAAAAGACAGCUAAUGGAGGCUAUAAGCAGAAGGCGAACGCGCUGAAGCUCUAUCGUCUUCUCCCCAUGCGCUCCCAGAAGAGACCGUAUAAGACUUAUAGCGACGGUUUGCAUAAUGGACUACUGCUGCAACCAGGCGAAACUCCAUCUCUUCCUGUGCCUGGCCUGGACUGUGCUCUGGGCUCUGGAGAUCUGCAGAGUCUCCUGAGUGGAGCCCAUCCUCAGACAGUUAAGCCCGACCCUGAGGACUUCCCAGACAGCUUCCCCGUUACUGCACCUGCUGAGCAAAGAGACCACUCUGGAUUACCACAACUCUCUCAAACAGACAUAUCCCCCAUUAGAAAACAUGACGGCGAGGAAGCAGACACUGAACAGGGCAGAGCAGGUGGCAGCUUUAAAAUGUCCAGUAGCAGCAGAACCAAAAUGUCCAAAGUGGGUAGAUGCCCAGACACGAUCAUGCCAUCUGUGAUAACAUACGGGCACACAAAACCCUCUGUAAUCGUGCACGGGAAAACUGUGUCUUCAUCGGUUAUUGUCCACAGCAAUCAGGUCACAUCCUUAAAUGACAAAACAGACUGCUCUUCUUCUUUAAGUAGUAGCCAAACUUUACACAAAAGCAGCCCCAAGUCGAUGAAGAAGCAAAGGGACACUGUAGAAAAUCACAGAAAACGAUCCAGAGACAGUUCAGAUACAACAGACGAGGGUUCGAGAGGUAAACGAGACUCAGACACGGGCACAAAAUCGUUACACAAAUCGCGCAAGUCACACGGUAAAAGCGAAGUAAGCGUUUCUAAACAGCAGUCGCCAACUGUAAGCUCGCAGGGGAAAGACACGGGGCCGUUGUGCCAAAUCACAGUACGCAUAGGGGAGGAAGCUAUAGUGAAGCGCAGCAUUUCGGAGACGGAUCUUAGGAGAGACAAAAGCCUAUCGCCUCCUAAAAACAAACGCAGUGAACAGUCAUCUGGGAAAGAGGUUAAACAUUCCAGACAAUCGCACUCCCACCAUCACCACAAACACCGCAGGGCCAGUUUAGACGUACAGGAAACGCACGAGACAGAGGAGGCGAGGAAGCAGGCCAGUCCCGAUGCGGUUCGAGAAUACUACUUCCGUCAAGAGGUGCGCGAGCAGCAGGAAAGCGACCACGACAACGAGGAUAACUUAUGGCGGCCGUACUACUCUUACAAACCUAAACGAAAGGUCCCGGCGCACCUGCAGAGAGUCAAGAGCUGGCAACGGAAGCUCCAGUUCAAAAGGUCUUUGCGGCUUAAGCGAAGGGUAGACAGACUCAAGAACCUUUCGUCUAAAGAUACAGAGAAGUCAAAUUAUGAAGGAGAGGAAGGGAUAAGCGAUCGGGCUGAAAAGAUAUCAAAAGCUAAGAAAGAAAGAGGUAGAAAGAAAACGUAUGAUUUCUCCAUUUCAAAGGAGAAAAAAAUCGAUUCAGACGAGCAACGCAAGGAAGUACAGGCUAAAAAACCCGCCGCUAUUCCCGACGCCCCAAAGUCCUCUCAGUCUACCUCAGCUGCCCCCGCCGCGCUCAAAAGGCGUCCCUGGACAAACGGGAACGCCUCCGAGUGCGGCACGUGCGGUCGCUGGUUCUCGAGCACCAGGAAGAGAGACAAACACGAGCUGAGCCAUCUGCUAGAGUUUGUCUGCCUCUUUUGCAGCGCCACAUUCCCCUCCACAGAAAAGUUGGGAGAUCACCAGAAAACCCAGCAUCCCAAGCCGGUCGAGUCCCCCUCGCAGUUAGCGGCCCCUAAAGUAGCACUUACAGAUCCAAGCGAAGGAGCCGGGGUUAAACAAGUGCCAGCCAUCGCGAAAUACGAUGCAGAUAGAACGCCUCGUGCAGUAGACCGCGUUUCUAGUCCAAGUCGCUUAAGCAGGAGGGCGCUAUCUCGGCACACUUGCCCGCAGUGUCAUAAAGUGUGCAAAACGUCGUCAGCUUUAAACAGACACAUCCGACGGCAUGAGUUAAGUAGCUCGCCAGAGAGGGAUGACAGAGAAGAGCCUAAAACGCAGAUUAUUAGCAGGGAAUUACAGAGUGAGAAGGAGCAGGCACCUUUAUCCCUCUCGGUUUCAGUUAUAAACUAUUCAUCGUCAGAGUUACCUAGUUCAGUUGAGCGUGGGUUUCAGAACGAUACGAGCAAACGGUGUGACGAGCCUAAAGCUGAAGGAAGUGUAUUUAUAGAGCCCAAAGACGCAGACAGAGAACCCCCCCCUCAAAACGUCCCACAGAUAGAUCACCCCAUUAACCUCACACCGGGUAAACCGGACUUUUCCCCUGUAGCGCAAAGUGUCCUGAUCAUGAACGGAUCCGAAUGCCUGGACUAUCGUACUCCCAGUAAGAAACAUUUAGACGCCCAAUGCCACAGACUGCCCAGCCCUGUACAAUGUCCCAACAACAACAGAAUCGCAACCACCAUCACCGCUGCUCCUCCUCCUCCUCCUCCUCCUGUUCCUGUUCCUGUUCCUCCUCCUCCACAGCCGCCUGUUUCCAUGACGACUCCCCCAUCUGAGGCGGGAUACAGGAACCGGGAUGGGGUCAUUAUAGACAGAGAGAGACUAAAAGCGGGAGAGAGGUAUUUGCACUCCAGUUUCGAGGAACCGCCGUUAGUGCACCACCUGAGAGUGCAGCCUCAGUCGCGGUGCCAGUCGCCCAACGAAGCACAAGACUUAACCAUGUCAUCCCUACGAGCCCGAGAGAGAGAGCUGGAAAAAGAAAGGGAACGAGAGAAACAGCGAGUGCAGCAGAUACGGAAGCACGCUCAGGACAACCACAACGCUUUACUGGUGCCUAAAGAGGAGCAUUUGAGCCCGGCGCGGUCCCCACAUCGCAUGCUGACCCCAACCACUGUAAAUGGAAACGCAACACACAGACACACUCCCAAACCGCCCUGUCUAACUCCGUCUGCGAUGGGACAACCAGCUGAGCCCACCCGACACGCCUCGCAGCCAGACGGGUCAGCCGCCGACCGCCCCUCUGCCCACGCCCUGCCCCUCCCCAGGCCCCCGCAGACCCCACACGACUCUGACAACCAGGACAGUCCACGAGAUCUGCAGCAAGCGGAAGACUACCAGGAAUACCCGCUACCGCUCACAGUACCAGACAGCUACCGCUCCGAUAAAAAGCAAGACGACGCCCUACUCAUGCCCUCCUACCCGACGGGGACGCUUCCCUUUGGCACGUUGGGGAAAGUGGUUGUUCCCAAUGGGGCAGACUUGAGCAAAAUACCCUUCUACCCAGAUCCCUACCCUCUGCUGUACGGACCCCAGCUGCUGGCGUACCCUUACAACUUAGCCGCUCUCCCGGUCGCUCUUAACAUGAUGGCUCCCGGUGGAGACAAAGUAGAACCACUGCCCUUCCUCCCGGCCAUAUUUAACUACGCCACUGGGCCCUAUAUGGGUGCAGCGCCACACCCCCUUGUGGCCAACACGACCCUCUACAGCACCGGCAGCAGUGAAGGCAAGAAACAGCGGGACAGCACCAGCAAACCAUAGGACAAGACACACCGAUCAGAUAGGCCGUUCUAGAGGGACGUGACUGGUGUGGGCUCACUGCAGCGGGACCCCUCCUCUCUUGUAUUCAGUAGAUCUGAGAUAGGCACUUAAUUAGAGGAGUGAAACUUUACUCCUGCUUGCCCUUGCACCAGUCUCUCCUGUCAUUCUGUAGUGUGUAAUAGUCCUAGAGCUUGAUGAAACUUCCGUCGCUGUAUUAUCUAUAUAUACAAAUAUGAACUGCUAACAGGGUGUGUGUUGUGUGAAACUUUAGCUUCCCUUUAUAGUCACUGCAUAAUGAGGCUCUUGUAGAGUGGCAUGUGUGGGCACGACUAGGCAAAACACGAGUCUUCACUUAAAACAAUGUGAGGCUUUAAACCAUGACAAUACUUGUGCGUUGUACGAGUAUAAAGGGAUCUGUGCAGGUAUAGUGCAUUAUAGAGGUGUGCAUUACUGUGAAUGAAGGGAUGGGGGGGGUGGUUCAUGAAUGGGUUUAUCAUUUCGUGUGGUUUGAAGGCACACGCACACACGUUCCUGCUUCAGUCGGGGAUGGUCGGCGUGUUGUCGUGCGCGGGGCGGGUGUCUAUACGUUAGUCCGAGGACGAGUACGCGACGACUCGGUGGAGCUGGACAGUCGAGAUCGUUUCUAAAGCAUUCACCAUAGUUUAUGUCAUGUUCACCAAAUAGUAAAACGGUGCCCGCUAAAAUGGGCGCUAGUAGCUGCUUCGGAUAUGUAGCUGGUCACUGGGUAAGAAUACGACUGAUAGACCAUUGCACUCCCAUUUUUAUCAUCUCAUUUCUAUUACUUAAAAUAGUAUUUACAAGUCAGACUAUAUUUUGUGAGUAGCUUUCGUUUUGCUGGAACGAUCACUUUCCUUGGAUGAAGUCAGUCACAAUAAUUAAGGAAACCGCGAAGAAUUCAGGGUAUGGAGGUAUUUGCAGAGACAAGGGCACAAAACUGUAGGACUUAGGACAGGGACGGCCCGCUCUCCGGCUGAGGGCAGCGUAGGGCGAGUCCGGGGGCCAAAGUACUCCACGCUCUUCUGUUUUUGGAGCUUUUUGUUCCAUGUUUUGUUCCGUUUAUAUUUGUUUCGUUCAACUGUUUUUGUUAAUGUUGUUUAGUCCCCUGACCCGACGGAAAAGGGGGACGAACCUAAAAUAAUGAAUGUAAAUCUAGUUGUGAGGUCUAUGAAGUACGGCUGCUUUGUUGCUAGAUUCAGUCUUUUAUAUUAUUUCAUACAAUAACCAGUUAAAGUCGUAUAUCUGGUAUGCAUAUAAACAGUAGUUCUAGACACUUUGGUUCUGUAUCCACAAAGCAUGAGCAACACUUCUAAACAUGUAUAUCCUCACCAUCGCAACGCUUUUGUUUCUUUCUUCAGACUUUUCAUAUCGUUCUCUCACGGUUGUUUGACAUGUGCGACGGUACUGGGAUGGCUUUUGGAAAACGAACGAAUCACGGUGACCACAGGGUGCACAAAACGCCCUCUCUUUAGGCUGGUUACAAGCCUUUUUCUUUUUUUUUUUUUUUCGAUAAAAGUGAAAUUACGAUUGAGAAAAACCAAAACAAACCUACUAAGGAGCGUUACUACAAUGAAAUGGUCCAUGUGUGUUCACUUUGGGGGUUUAUCUCAUUGUACAAAGCCUUGCUGUAUCUAAUAUAAUAUCUCAAGCCAUUCCUGUAGAUGCACAUGUUGUAUUUUGGACCAUUUCUCUUGCCAUAGUCCAUCUGUUCUCACACAGACCAAAAGCAUGCAAAAUGAUGUAUCGUAGUGACUGGACUGAAACCCGGUGGUCAUAUAAACUAUUACUUGUAUGUUUUAGUUGAAAUGAAUGUGCCUCUGCUUUGAUAACUAUCUAUGGUGAGAAGAGUUCCAGAUUUCAAGUGUUACGGUGCCUUGUGGCGGCAAAAGAAAUUUCAGAAGUAAACAAUAUACUAUGGAGAUGUUAUGGCUUUGCUCUAAAGCUGUAGACGUAGGGGUGUGUGGCAUUGUGUUCAUGUCUAGGGUCAUACUGUGCCAUAUAGAGCUCACAGAGUAUGUUCAUGUUAUUUUUAAAGAUGUUUUAAUGUUGCCUGAUGACUUUGUCUUUAGAUUUGAUACAGAGGCUUGUAGCCACAGCUCCCCAAAGUCUGUAGUCUCCUUUUCUGACAUAACUGUUCUCUAUCUCCCUCCUUGUUUAUGUCUACUGUUUCAACUUGCUGCAAUCAAACAAAAUAAAGUAUUAACCUGAUGACCAAUCCAAAGAA